AUGGGUCACAUGCAUGCUCCUUGGAAGGUCCUGUCCCAGUCGGCACUGCCCUAUCACCGCAGAGCCCCCACUUGGCUGAAACUGACAUCUGAUGACAUGAAGCAGCAGAUCUACAAACUGGCCAAGAAGGGCCUGACUCCAUCACAAAUUGGUGUGAUCCUAAGAAAUUCACGUGGUGUUGCACAAGUACAUUUUGUGACAGGCAAUAAAAUCUUGAGAAUCCUUAAGUCCAAAGGACUUGCUCCUGACCUUCCUGAGGAUCUCUACCAUUUAAUUAAGAAAGCUAUCACUGUUCAAAAACAUCUUGACAGGGACAGAAAGGAUAAGGAUGCUAAAUUCCAUCUGAUUCUGAUUAAGAGCUGAAUUUACCAAUUGGCAUGUUAAAACAGAGUGCUCCCUCCCAAUUGGAAAUACGAAUCAUCCACAGUCUCUGCCCUGGUUGCAUAA